GGCAGCUGCUUCUUUACCAGGGCGGCGGCACCUGGACCGGGGACCGAACCGGGCCGAGACGGGUCAAGGAGAGGAUUGCAAACGGGGGGGGCGGGAAGUGAUACAGGCGGAACGGGUUGCCCCCCCCCACCCCCCAACCCCUACUGCCUCCGCCGCUGCGUGUGAGCGGGUUCCGAGUGACUGUACGCGCAGACGGGGGCGGGCGGUCGGGCGGGCAGGCGAGCCCCGAGGUCCCGGCAUGAGAGCGCGGGCCGGCUGACGGAGGCCCCUUGGCGCCAGGGGCCGGGCGAGGGAGCGGGCUGCUGGGGUCGCGGGCCUUCGGGGUACCCGCUGGUCCCCGCGUGGCCGCGGCCAUGGGGGGAGCGUCUUCGUCUCCCGAGAGCGUGCGGGAGGUGCUGUCACUGCUCGCCCACAAUCCGCUCGUCGCCUUCACCGAGAUGUGGUACUGGGUCUUCCUGUGGGCCCUCUUCUCCUCCAUCUUCGUCCACGGUUCCACGGCGCUCCUCGCCUUUGUGUCACUACGGCGCCACCGCAAGGCGCGGUUCUUCUCGGUGGCCAUCGCCGUCAUGGGCGUGCUGGCUCCCAUCACCGGCGGCAUCAUCACCAGUGCCGCGGUGGCCGGCGUUUACCGCGCCGCCGGCAAGACUAUGCUUCCGCUGGAGGCGCUGGUGUUUGGCUCGGGGCAGACGGUCAUCACCGUCAUCAUAUCCGCCGCGCGCCUCCUCGCCAGCCUCUGAUCGCCGGCCCACGAUCCUCCCACGUCGUUCUCCGAGAGCCAGACCGAGAUGGAGGCAGCAGCGGUUCAGUGCCAGGACGAACGGACGGACGGACGGACGGACACCGCGUGCGCUCGUUUGCUGGCGCUCGUUCCGCCAACGUGGAAUUGAGCCGGCUGGCAGCGGAGUUCCAGACGGCGCGGAUGAAAGCCAAAGUUCGCUCUGCUGGGAUUUGGGGCCUGUCUGCGAGGGGCUGCGAACUCUCCGUUAUGUUGGCGAAAGCGAUUUAUUGCCGCCGCGGGUAAUUCCUGGCGGGUGAUGCGCUUUGCAGUUAAGAAGAUGGAAACAAUUGCGAACGGCGCUGACCGCGUGGAGGCGCUGCCGACGACGUUUCGCCCGUCGCGUGAUGCAACUGGCCUGGCCUUCCAGCGCGUACGUGCAUGGUGUGUGCGAGUGCAUGAUUCGUGUGUUUUCGCGUACGCGCGCGAGUGCACACACGCGUGCGUGCACUCACGCGCGCGCGCACAAGCGGUGGAUGUGACGCCGGCAGAUUUCGCGCAUGUGUGCCGUGUGCAUGAUUUGUGUGCACGUGGGUGUGUGAGCGUGCGUGUAAGUGGCGUGGUACUGUAUGUGGUGUUUGCGGGUGCCCGAGUGUGCAGCUUCAUGUCCUGGUUGUGCAGCGUCGUGUUCCGGUAACGUCCCCCUGUGGACGGCAACCCGCACAGCGAGCCCUUGACCACAGUGGAGAAAGACCGUCGGGCACGUGAUAUUGCAUCGAUUCGUCGAUUAAACGAUCGAUUCUGAUGCUCGCGAAUACAUGCAAAGCAAUACGUGUAAAAAAGCAUCGUUUACAACCUGGCGCAUAUUGCGUGCAAAUCACGUGCCCGCAUUAACAUUUGAGGCUAGCGGAGCGAACAAAGCUGUACAAAUCAAACGGAACGAGCGGGGAACAUCAGAGGCGAGACGUUAAAACGGAGGCCAAAAGAAUUGCAUCCGAUCGCAACCCUUGAAACAUGACAAUUCAUCGAAUCGCUCGGUAGGUGAAUUGCCACGUGCCUUGGAGUGACGCGGCGAGGAACACGCAGAGUUUAUAAAGCGUUUAUAAAUUGCACAGUACCUCGGGGACCAGGGUUCUUCAACUAUAGUUACCAGCGGGCCGCAUAACAACAUUGUCAUGUCAUGGGGUGCCCCGUGCCGUCACACGUCAAGUACUGUACAAAUGUUAAAGUCUGUACGUACGAUCGCUAAUCUAUCUCUCGUCUCCAGGUCUCUUCUUCCUCUUAUUGAUCUCACCUUAUUCUCAGAAAUGUUUACCUCCCAUCUUGAGGUCUCUCAUCUCUGCUGUCUGCAACUUGGCUCCAUGCCUUGUUUAUCUCCCUUUUGUCUCGAUAAUCAGCUGGCCAUAGCUUGGCGCCACUCUUGCGAGCUUUUUCCUGGCCAGAUUUGUGGCCCGUGGAGGCCGCCAGUUGAAGAGCCCUGAUUGUAGACGGGAGCUCAAGAGAGAAAGCGCUGGGUUUCCCCACCAAACCUCCCAGCGCUUCCCACAGGUGUCCGCGCGGCACUCGGGACGCCGAUUCCUUCCGACCCAGCUGAUUGACGCUCGUCGCCUUCGCACUGUGAGAAGGUUUCGGUCGCCGCUGCUCACCAGCCGACUUGGUGGGUCUCGUGAGCACGAGAUGCAGAGGUGGCUUCUCGCAGCAGUACAAACCUCCGAUUACUGGGGGUCGCUCUGGCUCAGUUGGGUUGAGCCAUUUCUGCUGUGUAAAUUGACCAAAUCAAAUUUGUAUUUGAAAUAUAACGUAAUAUACAUGCCCCAUCAGCAAUAUUUUUUUUGCGCUGUCCUCAAAAGAUCCCAAGGUCACCUCCCAGAUUUUAAUGACAAUCUAACACUCCCAGAAUUCCGUGUUUACCAAUUUCCAGUCGUCACUGAAUGGAAGUGCAAAUGGGCAGAAUUGGUGAACGUCGCAACCCAGGUAGUGGAGUCAUGACAGCAGUAUUUUAAUUUCUGCGAUUUCCCUCCCCCCCCCCCUCGUGCCACCUCGGACUAAAACGAAACUAUUUGUAUUUUAACAGGUAAGGCCCACUGAGCUAUAUAGCUCUUUUUUCAGAAGAGACCUGGCUAUGACAAAUGAUAGCUCAG